AUGGCGCAGAGCGAUGUUGAUCGCAGGGGUGUUGAAGCCGACAGCCCCCUGCGUGGUAUGACCGAGCUCAUGCGGGCUGCUAAGGGGGGUGACUCUGAAUGCGUCGAGAAAUUGCUGGGUGCUACGUCCGAUCUAAUCCGUAAGCAGAAUGAGUAUGGCUGGACAGCCCUCAUGUGGGCAGCAGAGAACGGCUAUGUAGACUGUGUCAAGCUCUUACUCGAGAAGGAGGGGGGUAUGAAGGAUAAUUAUGAUAAGACAGCUCUCAUGCUGGUAGCACAGAAUGGCCACACAGAAUGCACCAAACUCCUAUUAAAGAAAGAGAGCAGGAUGGUAAACAAGGAUGGCUGGACUGCACUUAUGCGUGCAGCAGCUAAUGGUCACCCAGACUGUGUCGAGUUGCUCCUAGAGAAGGAGGGGGGUAUGCAGAGGCAUGAUGGGAAGACAGCCCUCAUGCUAGCAGCAGAGAACGGCCACCCAGACUGUGUCAAGCUACUGGUGAAGCACAAGGGUGAACGUGAUGUCUCGGGCUGGACGAGCCUUAUGUAUGCUGCUUCCAUUGGAGAUGCUGAUGCAGUUAGGAGUAAUCUUCAGGAAACGGGGAAGAAGGAUGGUAAUAGCUGGACAGCACUCAUGAAUGCAGCACAGAAUGGCUAUACAGACUGUGUCAAGCUCCUACUCGAGAAGGAGGGGGGCAUGAGGAGUGAUUACGGUUGGACCGCCCUCAUGCUAGCAGCACAGAAUGGUCACCCAAACUGUGUCAGACUACUCCUGGAGAAGCAGGGAGGCAUGCAGAGGCAUGACGGGAAGACAGCCCUCAUGUGGGCAGCAGCUAAUGGUCACCCAGACUGUGUCGAGUUGCUCCUAGAGAAAGAGGGGGGUAUAAAGGAUAAAUUUGGUAAGACCGCCCUUAUAUGUGCAGCACAGAAUGGCCACCAAGAGUGUGUCAGACUACUCCUGGAGAAGGAGGGGGGCAUGAGGAGUGGUUAUGGUUGGACCGCCCUCAUGCUAGCAGCAGAGAACGGCUAUGUAGACUGUGUCAAGCUCUUACUCGAGAAGGAGGGGGGUAUGCAGGAUUCUUGGGGUGCUACCGCUCUCAUGUAUGCACUGCACCAUGGUAAAUUGGACUGUGCUGAGCUGCUACUGGAUAGGGAAGCACAUAUACCGGCUAAGGAUGGGAAUACUAGUAAGUGGUUUGACCACGAUCCUGGUUCUGACGCUUUGAGUAUAGCUGAGAAGAAAGCUAAGAGUGAUGGCGCCUACAAAAAGUUCGUUAAGAGGAUUAAGGCCAUUCGUCAGUAG